ACCACUCACGAGAUGGCGCUGUCUUGUCAAACAAACUCGCCAAAAACGGGCCAAAACACUUUUUAAGCUGAGACGUCAAGCUGAACAAAAUGAGAAUGGAUGGUGUCGCAGCAGUGUAUCUUGUGUGUCUCACAAAUGAAGGAGGACUUCCUUUAUUCACAAGGUCUAAGGGCCACUCAAAAGCAUUGGCAUUUGCAGAGCAAGGCAUGCUGUACGGCGUUCAGAUGUUUGCUCAGAAUCAUGACGUCGGAUUACAGAGCACCACAACAGAGGAAGCCAAGGUGGUUUGGAAAGUCUUCCAUAACAGUGUGACACUGGUGCUAAUAACGCCAGAGGAUGGGUGCAGCGACGUCCAUCUGAAUACGUUACUUGAUCAUGUCUUUCAUGCCAUGGUGAUGUUCAUUGGCUUAGACACUCUAGAAAACAUAAAGAAUGUGGAACGGCUAAGGAGAGACCUGAAGGCGUGCUUUGGCGUCAUCGACUUUCUCCUAGCCAGCUCAGAGUUCUUUGGGGGAGUGUGCGAAGCUGUUGAUGUCCUGGCCUGUCCAGAGAAUUCCACCUUGCAGGAGCCUCUGGACGCUUUCAUCAACAGCGCCGACAGCACCUUUGGCUGUUUGCACUGCGAUGGCCGGCUGGUGGCAGCCACCGACAAGUGGUGGAGUCUGACUGGUCAGGAGAUGAUGCUCCUGGCAGCCUUUGUCAGGACUCUGCCCGCGGGCACCUCCAGCGACGUGCCCAUCUACCUCCCGCAGGCUAGUCCCAAGAUUCCUCACCGUCUGGUCAGCAUCAGCCUCCUCCCAGGCGUCAUCGUGAGCGUGCUGUGUUUAGAGACACCCACUUUGGCCGAAGCUCAGACAACCUUAGUCGAGCCCGCAUGGCGGGCUCAGGUCGAGUCGCUCCGUGCUUGCCAGAAGGCCUCGCUCAACGGCCAAUACGUACCAAAGACACUCAUCAUGGACUCGGGCAUUCUUGGGUUCCUGCUUGUCCACACUGACCAACACAAGUGCCUCUCCAGCUGCCGCCUGCCCAUACAAGAAGGCAGCGCCGCCGACAGACGACCUUUGACCCAUUCACGUAGGCGACAGGUUCUGAAUGCCUUCUACAGGAACACAGUGGGCACGCUGUUCCCAGUAUGCCACAGUCCGCAGAGAACAGAUCCGGCUGGUGACAUGCCAUCAGUAUUCAACCACACCGUCAAGGAGACUUACAUGCAUGCCAAAGACCACAAGUGCUACGCCAUCUGCUCCGAUCCCUACCAGCUGUUUGUUGUGUUCUCAGUGGCUGUCCCCAAUUACGCUCUGAGGUCAGUUUCUGUGGACUUGCUCGACAUCCUCAGCAAAGGCAAGGUGUUCCUUGACCGAAGGAAAUCAAGUUGAUGGAUGUAAACAAGACCAACCUGUGGUGUAAAUAAGAGAAAGACUGAAAUAUCCAUCGUCGCCAAAACCAUCUCUCCUGCGCAUUGUGCUUAUGGCAUCAGCCUUGAGUAAUACUAGAGUGAAAAAAGCACAACAAAUGGAGAAUGGGGUGUUUGGAUUCUAGCUGGAUUGCUGAGGAUGCUUUCAUGUUGAGGAGCCAAAUUCUUUUGUGAGGAACGUCGAGACCGAGUUUGGAGGACAAAAAUUAGAAAUUAGUCCCCAUCACACUGUUGGUCUCCAGAAGAUCUAAGUUUCAACAUGUGUUGCCCUAACAACUACUGAACUAGUAUACGUGUACUGUUUUCUAAGCUGUUCAAAGUUUGGUCACCCUCAGAUGUGUGAACCAUUGAAAGAGCCUGUUUGUUGUGUGGGCUACACAGGAUUGUGCUUUAUAUGUCAUAUUCUUUUUCAGUAUAAUGUGUACAGUACUUACAAAGCCACCAUCAGGCCCAUAAAGCAUUCAAGUGAAAGAUCAUUUGAGUAUGUGUCUUUGCGAGGGGGCAUUUAUCUCCUUUGGCAAAAGUUUAAAAAGAUAAAAAAAACCAGAAAUUUUAAAAAGACAUGAAAGGGGUUGAAAAUCACCAGUUUGCUUGAAAAGGCCUAGAAAUCAACCCGCUUUCAUUGUGGAGGUUUAUUUAUAGUUGGUUGCUGACGAAAUUCUUCCCGGGAAAAAAGGACCCCCCUCCAAAAAAGGUCCUGGAGACGCCCACCUGCCUUGUAAGGGGAGUAUACAGAUAAAUGCUGCAAUGUUUGUUGAAAAUAGUUAAAUGGAACUCAUCCAUCAUGUCUGCCCUCAUAGUUUUCUGUUUAGUCCUGACAAAUUGUCUCACAGGCUAAGGUCACGUGCACUGCAAUCCUUCAGGUUAGAUGGAUAGGAUCUCAUGGCCAGUGGAACUACCCGCAGUUUUUAAAGUUCAACAUUGGGGAUAGUGUAGCCACCAACAUCUCAUUUCAAUCAAUUCAAUCAGAAUUUCUUAUAUUCCCACAUUAGCUUGUGACAAUAAAUACCAUUGGCAUGUUUUUUA